GCUGUAAUUCAAAAUCCAUUCAGCAAUGGUGGCAGCCCGGCCGCAGAAGCUGUCAGCGGGGAGGCACGGUUUGCAUAUUUCCCAGCAUCCAGUGUGGGAGAUACCACGGCUGUGUCUGUGCAGACCACAGACCAGAGCCUGCAGGCCGGAGGCCAGUUCUAUGUCAUGAUGACACCCCAGGAUGUACUUCAGACAGGGACACAGAGGACAAUUGCACCCCGGACACACCCCUAUUCUCCAAAAAUCGAUGGAACCAGGACUCCUCGAGAUGAGAGAAGAAGAGCUCAGCACAAUGAAGUGGAGCGGAGACGGAGGGACAAGAUUAACAACUGGAUUGUCCAGCUUUCAAAAAUCAUUCCAGAUUGUCACGCAGACAACAGCAAGACAGGAGCGAGUAAAGGGGGCAUCCUGUCCAAGGCCUGUGACUAUAUCCGGGAACUACGCCAGACCAACCAGCGACUGCAGGAGACCUUCAAGGAGGCCGAGCGGCUGCGCAGGGAGGCCACGUCCCCCCCCCCUCUCGUUUCUGGAUCCCUGCUCCCCUCUGGGUGUGUGGGUGUGUGUGUGUGUAUGCGCGUGCGUGUGUGUUUAAUUUUCUUUAUGGAAAAAUGGACAAAAAAUAGAGAGAGAGGUAUUUAACUGCAAUAAACUGGCCAGUGUGGCCCCGCCUUGUC